AUUAAAGCUAACGGUUGUUCGCAUAGAGCUUUACAAGGAUUAACCGUUACACAUUUUCACUCUCGCGCGCGUUACGUGCAUUACUACUUACUACUACUACUACUUCUCUUCUUUUGUUAUAUUGUACUCUUCUACUACAAAAAUAAAAAGGAAUAAUAUUUUGUUGCUCGAAACGAUUUUUAUUUAAAAACAGUUUUUAAUUUCCGGUACUGUUCUGUUAAUCUAUUGACAACAAUAACAUAAGUAAAGUGAACUUGUGUUUGUCAUUCGCAUCCUUUAUACAUCCACAUACUAUCGCACAAACAUCAAGUCAAUCAUCUAGUUUUUAUCAGUGAAAUAAUAACAACGACAACAAGUUGAUGGAAAAAAUCCAUGUACAUAUUUUUAAAGUAAAUAAAAAUAAAAUUUUUAAAGUGCUUAAAGAAAUUGAAAGUGUAAAUUUGAAGUAAUAAAAUUGAAAAAGAAGAAAAAAUAAGUUAAAAAUAUAAAAUCAACCAAUGAACUGGAUACAAUUACUGGAUAACUGAGAAAUGUGACCACAUUAAGCUGCUUAAAAAAGUGAUAAACUUACAACUGCUGACAGUUACAGUAGAAGUACGGUGUAAAGUCAAGUUGUUGCAAGCACAACACAGCUGUGCUGAGAUAAGCAGUGCAGGCUAAACGAAAGAAAGAAAGGAAAAUUAAACAAAACGCACUAUAAGGAACACACUCUCGACAACUAUAAUACCCAUAUAUUGUCACUUAACCAACAGCUGGGAGUCAUCCUCAGUAAACAGUACAAAACACUAACAACUAAAGAAGAAAAGAAGAAGAAGAAUAAAUUUGCACACAUAUGAACAGAAAAUUUCGGAAAUGUUGAGUGAAAGGAUGGUGAAAUGUUAAAGUCAAGUGAGGCAGGCUGCCAACAACAUAAAAAUGGCACAUAUAUGGUGAUGGUCUCCAAGCUACAAAAUCAACAACAGCAUCAGCAACAUCAUCAGCAAUAGCGACAACUGACACAUACAACCACCAACAACAUUGGCUCACAGAUAAACUAACGUUCAUAAAUACACAAAAUAUAUACAACAGGAUUUUCAUUUGUUGUUGUUUUUGCUGCUAGAGUUGUUUCAUCAAAGCAACAACCACGUGACAGGCGAGACAACAUAUGCUUACACCCGCACUUUCUCAUAAAAACAUAUAGACAAAACAACGACAACAACACCAGAGCAGCAGCAGUCAGGCAUCAACAAAAUCCAAUAUAUUCCAAACCAGUACUGAAAACCUUAUCCCAAAUAUAUACCUCCCAACUAUACAAAUCGUUUGUUACCACUGACUGCCGGCAACUGUUUUACCAUAAAAAGACAGCAAAAGGACAGGGGGAGCAGAGGAAUGCAAAUAAAUGCUGUCACUCUAAAUUGUUGACUGGUCUGAAUUAAAUGUGGCAAAGGAUUUAAGCAAAAAAUAAAUAAAACCAAAUUUAAAUUUUUAGACUUAUUAAACGAUAGAAACACAACAACAACAACAGAAAAAGUAAAAAUAUAAAAAAAACCAUUGCAUCCACAAAGUCAACUAAAACUCUUUUACACACACAAACACAUAUCUUGAUCCAAUGGACCAGGUUCUGGUUUUAUUUUGUUUGUUUCCUUUGAUUGGUCACCACUACGACAUAUAUUUGCCUUUGAAUGCUGUCCAAAACGAUUGAAUAAACCAUAAAUUGUCAAUUUAAAUAAAAUUUAAUGAAUUUUUAAAUUUCUAUCCAUACAACUGACAAACAACUCUAAACAAAUUUCAACGACUUUUAUCAAUAAGAUUCGAUAUAAAACUCAUUCUCAUCAACAUCUAAAGCAUCAACAUCAUCGUUAUUUAUUAAGCAAAAAAGGAUACAAAAACAACAAAAAAGGAUACAAAAUUAUUGUUCAUUUUUUAGAAUUUUAUCGACAUCUUCAUUUUGUCUUUUCGUUAACCAAAUGGCUAAAUUUUGGUUGCUAUAUUGGGGCCUAAUGGUAGCUUGGUAUCCCUUGUUGUCAAGUGGUUAUCUCAACGUGUUCAUAAGCCACAAAGAAGUGAUGAAACUUAUGGGAUUGGAGGCAGAUUUAUUUUAUGUACACGAGGGUGCAAUAAACACAUACGCAAUGCAUUUUACGGUACCGGUGCCGGCAGAUGUACAUGACCUCGAAUUUUCGUGGCAAAGUCUCACAGCUUAUCCGCUGCCAUAUGCAAUUACCAUCGAUUAUGACCAUGAUCAGGAGGCUUUAUCCGCACCCACCCUUAGUAUACCUGAAAAAGGAUAUGUGCCACAGCAGGUGGAGACAUUCCUAGUGCAUUUGCCUUGUAGUGGCAACGUAACCGAACAAGUCCCCCUCAGUGUUAAUAUGCUGGUGAGGGGACCGCCACGACAUAAUGAUACCAAAUUACAUUUCAAACGUAAUAAAAUUUGUAUUAAAGGUCUUUUUCCAGCUCCCAAUCAAUCGCCGGCUCCGGCACAUGCACCCUCACAGGGACCAGCCUUGUUGGGUGCUGCCGCCUGUGCUUUGGGUCUGGUUUUAGUUGUGGGUCUUAUAGCCAGCACCAUGUAUUUAAGGGCCCGCAAACAAAUACGUCAGGAUUCGUUACACACCAGUUUUACAACCGCUGCUUAUGGCAGUCAUCAAAAUGUCUUUAUACGUUUAGAUCCUUUAGGCCGUCCACCCAGUGCAAAUAGUGGUUCAUAUGCCACCAUAGCAAGUCUCAAUAAAUAUCCUUGUGAAUCGAAGAAGUCAUGCAACAUAUUUGAAAAAUUUCGUAGUUCACCCACACCCUCACCAUAUGCAACAGCUUUGCUGCCCAUGGGUGAUCAGAUAGCAGAGACAAUUUAUUCGAAACCUGAAUCAGUGUGUCCCUCGAGAAUUUCAUAUUAUGCAUCGUCACAACUAACACAGGUAUAUAGCAUGUCUACACCCAAAUCCAGUCGAGGUAAUGGCAGCAUCUUUGGAGGAGCCAGUACAGCGGGUGGCAGUAGUGGAGAUCCCAAGGAAAAAAUGCGUCGUAUACCUAAUGUCCAACCAGGUACCUUGGAAUGUGAACAACUGAUAAAAGAAGGCACUUAUGGUCGUAUAUAUGCUGGUAAAUUGGGCGACACUUGUGAUGUUCUAAUAAAAACCGUAGUAGAUGGAGCUUCGCUAACACAAGUGGCCUGUUUACUGCAAGAUGCUUCAAUGCUCAUUGGCAUUGGCCAUCAAAAUGUUAUGGCGCCUAUGUUGGCCAAUACAGAGUUGCCGGGACCGCCGGAGAUUGCAUAUCCUUAUCCCUCAAAAGGGAAUUUAAAAAUAUUCUUACAAAAAUCCCGUGAAAUGAAUGCCUCUUUAAGCACUAGACAGCUAGUGGAGUUUGGUUUACAUGUUACCAAAGGUCUAGCUCAUUUACACUCAGUGGGUAUAAUUCACAAAGAUGUGGCCACCAGGAAUUGCUAUUUGGAUUCUGAUUCCUAUGUUAAAAUAUGUGAUAAUGCCCUGUCACGUGACCUCUUCCCCGAUGACUAUCACUGUUUGUGUGACAACGAAAAUCGGCCUUUAAAAUGGAUGGCUUUGGAAUCGCUACAACAGAAAAACUUCUACAAUCAAUAUUCGGAUAUAUGGAGUUUGGGGGUAUUAUUUUGGGAAUUGGCCACACUGGCUAUGACGCCAUUUGAGGAAGUGGACAUAUUUGAAUUGACUCCAUAUCUAGCGGAUGGUUUUCGUUUAUCACAACCAAUCAAUUGUCCGGAUGAAUUUUUUACCGUCAUGUCCUGCUGUUGGCUGGUAGAUCCCAAGCAACGACCGUCCUUUCCACAACUAAUUGCAUAUUUACAGGAUUUUUAUGAAGAUUUAAGUAUGUACAUAUAAAUUAUUUUACUUUAUUUUAGUUUUUAUUUCAAUCAUAGACAAAAAAGAAAACUCAACAAAUUUACAUCAAUAAAGAUAGAAAAAAUAAAAAAUAAAUUUAAAAAAAUCACUAAAAACUUUGAAAGUUUGAAAAGAACAAAUGAUGGGGGGAAAAUUAAAUUUAUUAUUGUUUUCUUUUAUCAAAAAAAAGGACCUGAAUAUUUAAAAGUCCUUGUUUUAUAGAACUUAAAGAAAAUAAAAAGAAAAUAAACACUACAAAAUUAAAAUAAAAUAAUUAUAAUAAAAAUAUAUAGGGAAUCCCUAAUAGUAUGGAAGACAAAUUUUCCUAAUAUAUCCCCUAAAUAUUAUGGUUGAUAUAUUUUGAAAUUACACUCAAAUAAGUUGGUCCCGAGGUCUUUAAUUUAAAAAAAAUAAUCAACACAAACUGCCGCUUUAAAACGAAAUAUUUUGAAAGAUAUCAACCUUAAUUUCUAAGAUGAUACACAAAGGGAAAAAAGUAGUUUUAAAAUUAUACACGAUUGGUAUCAAUUUGAUACCAAUUUAAUAAUAUCCGUUCUCAAACCUCAACGGAUAGUUGUCAAAUCAACAACAAAAAUUUAACAAAUAAAACAUCUUUUCGGAGUGAAAUCAAUCAAAGUAAAAACUUUAUGUUGUCAAAGAGAACGUUGAGUUGUUAAAAUGACAACCUAGCAUUGUCGAAAUCACUGGAUGUUUUUUUUUAAUUUAAUACACAUCCGUGGUCCAAAUAUUAACAAACAUGUUAAGCUCACUUUUGACAAUGGAUUGUAUUAAUUUCGGUACUUUUCUAUCCAUUUUUCCUCUUUGUGUAGCAUUUUUUAAGGUAAACUAGUACGUAUAUUACUUUUAAUAGUUAGAAUUGUAAAUAAAUAAACUUAUUAAAUAUUAAGAAAAAAAAAUGAUAUUAUGAUUGUUAUUG